AUGUAUCACCUACACUCAAAAUUUCCGAUCAGUGCACCCUCACCAGGACCCAACGUCCAGCCAGAAAUCACUUCAAAUUCCGGGAACAGCAGCUCUUCGCUCAAAUGCGUCGUAAUACCAAAAAUUCAAACUUUCAUCUUUGUGCUCUACCUUUGCCAGACGAUUAUCAGAAACCCAAAUCUGUUGGAGAGCUUGACGGGCUGGAUCUGGAAGAUCCCAAGAAAUUCCAAUGAAAUCAUUGCGCAAACUCGAGAUGAUUUCGUGAAGAAAGUAAGUGAGAAGGAACGCGCGAAUGGGAGAUUAGUGUUCAGGAGAGUUAAAGAGCUUUCUGAGGAUGCGGAUUAUGCAGAGGCUUUGAGACGCGCGAAGGGUAAAGGCAAGAUGGGACGUCUAUGGGAUAUUUUCAGAGAUGCAGUUGUGUUCUUAUGUUAUUGUGAUGAGGCGGAUAGCUCCCAGAGCUUCAUUUCAUAUUCUACGACGUACUGCUGCGUCCGGCUGUUUAUCAAGGUUCUCUGGCAAGUGUUCUCGGUUUUGGAAGGAUUGAGCCUUGAGGUGUUUGCGUACAUGCGGAGCUAGUAAACUAGGUGUGAGGGUGGAAGUUUGCACAUUCGAAAAGUUGGGAA